AUGAAUCCAAGUCGUUUGAGUGAGGAUGAGCUGAAACAGACAAUGGAAGCAAAACAGAGCACUCUCAAUAUCCUAAAUGAUGCUCUGAAGAAAAAGGACCAUCUGUUGGUGGAGAAACCAGAAGACUUCACUGGCCAUUCCUCAGACGAGUCCAUUCCAUUAAUUAGUCCAAGUCUGGUACAAGAUCUCAUUAGUGAACUCCAGAAAGUGACCUUCAUGAAAAGCAGUGAUAAUGUUCCUAAAGAUUGGGUCGCUUACGUUCAUUACCCAUCCAAUGAAAGAGUAAUUUAUCUCUGCCCACCUUUUUGGAAUAGAAGUGCAUUUCUGGGAAGUGAUUCAUGUCCAACAACUAUUAUCCAUGAAGUCGCCCACUUCCUGGGGUACGCGCACACUGUUGAGGAGACCAUGGAAAACGUAAAGAAAAAUCAUUUAAACCAACAAAAAAUAUUGCCUCUUACAAAUAACAGCAUGGAGUCAGCGUUUGCCCGCUAUAUGAAUCACAAGGGAACUUACACGAUUGGUUCCUACAGCUGCUGCGGUGAGAGAUCCAGAGACUCCGUGUGCGAUAACUCUGAGAUGAGCUUUUAUCUAAGGUAAAAGGGAAAUGGGUUGUUUUUCCGAUGUAUAGUACUGAUUUAUAGAUAAUAGCUACUAGAUGCUAUAAUAGUUAUUAUGGACAUUAUUAUGAAUCACCUGUUAAUCUAGAGAGAAAUCUGACAUUUUAGAGAUAAGAAGAGAUGUCUUUCCUUUUUGACGUAAAGUCGCAAAUAGAUUGUUUACUAUUUUUGAAUAAUAAACGGUAAGAAAUUUGCAAAAAUUUUUUUUUUUUUACAAAAGCAUUAAGAUUAUGAUUAUUGAAGGACUUUUUCAUCUCUACCCAAAAUACUUUGUUUUAUUUAACCUGCAAAUACAAAUAAAAGUGAAAUAUUUGUACAGAUAUUAGUGGUCCCAAUCUUGUAAGCAGAUUGGUUCAAAAACACCAUAAAAAAACAAAAAACUUCUGGAACAAGGGAAUCAACCAAUUCCAGCUGUAAAUGUAUUAAAGGGACACUGUAGGCAUUGUAACGGCUUCAUUUCAUUGAAGUGGUUAUAGUGUCUGAAGUUCAGUAGUGCCAUCCUUCCAUUUAGUGUUAAGCUAUUUUUAAUAUUUUAAUUCUAAAUGAGGGUCCACAGCAGCCCACCCCCCUCUGUGCUGUUUGGGGUAAUGAAGUAGCAUUAACGUGAGCAGCAGUGGGUGGUCUGAUUGGCUGAGUGUCAGCCGACUGUAUUCAGCCUAUCACAGCGCCCAUUGCUGGUAUGAAUUGGUAUGACUAGGAGGAAGUGUCUAGUGGUGGCCGGCCUGUGAGGAGCCAGGGACCCUCAUUCAGUGUUAAACUACUUGAAAAUAAUUGAACCCUGAAUGGGGUAACACAGUAAAUGGUGCUGAAUUUCUAAUCUCACGUAAUUACAGUAUGCCAGGAUAAAACCAGUAGCAUACUUUUUAUUUUAUUUCAACAGGAACUUGAAAUCGUCCUUCAAACCAUUGAAUCGAAGAAAACAUCGUUCGGCAAUGCUUACAACAUUCAGGAAGUGAAAAUAGAAUGGCUGAUACAGACUGUUAAGAAAACUGUCUACAAUGAAGCAUUAAUUUACAAUCCAACGCGAAUUCGACUUUAAUGAAACAUUCCUCACAGCACAAUGCAGGGGUGGGGUGUUUAUUCAUAAUCUCCUUUAAGGACCACUAGAGUCACCGAGACUACUUUAUCUCAAUGACUGAGCAUCGGCGCUGGACAAAGAUGAGUACAACCUUUUUUCUCUUUUUUUAUUUUACAGGUGAAAAGGUUGGGGAAGUACGAGGACACAAUAGCAUUAGGCAUACGUGUUUGUAUUAUUUGUGGUCCUUUAAUCAAUAUAUUGCACCGCUAUAACCGUGAUUUCAGAAUGCCUCCAUACUGGGAUCCUUUCGGUCUUUCAAGUGCUGCAAAUUGUUUCAGCAUUCUAAUUUUUAAUUUUUUUGUAUAUUUUUUGAAAAUACAGGAUCAAUUCUGACAAAGAUUUAUUUUUCUACUGUAAUUCACUAUUUACUAAAUAAAUCCUUUAAUUAGCUUAUGACACUGUUUGAUUUUUUAUAGCGUUUGUUCUGUUCUCUGAAUACUCUCCAUCUCCUGUUCCCCAAUUAAGUCUUAAUGAAUUCUCUUAUUCGGUCUCUGUGUUACUAUCUGUCACUUACAUGUUACCCUCUCUUUAAAAUUUGGCUUUUCGUAUACUGAAGAGUUUUUUCCCCACAUUAAUUCAUGAUUAAGACACUCCUUUUCUUGAAAACACUUGAGAAUGAAAGUGAAAGUAUGGUUUUAGACUGGAAUUCACUGGAUUGAUAGAUCAGUCUGUAUAUAAUAAGUAUUUUGGGACUAUCCCAUGACACAUGCACCCAUUAUAUAGAAUGACGUCCUACAGACGACACAGACAAUACCCUGGAUCUCCAGUAAUAGUCUCUUACAAUGGCCACAGCACUUUUCUUUAAACAUAAAAGAAAAAAUGUAUCUCCUUUGAGUGAGGGUGAGCAGAUACUAGCAGAGGAAGCAAAACAGAGAACCCUGAAUAUCCUGACUGAUACUCUGAAGAAAAGGGAUCGUCUGUUGGUGGAGAAUCCAGAAGACUUCACUGGCCAUUCCUCGGAUAAGUCCAUUCCAUUAAUUAGUCCAAGCCUGGUGCAAGAUCUCAUUAGUGAACUCCAGAAAGUGACCUUCGUGAGAGGCUAUCGUGAUGUACGUGAAAACUGGAUCACUUAUGUUUAUCCAAGAUCAGAUGAAAGAAUCAUUUUUCUCUGCCCACCUUUUUGGUUUAGAAGUAAAUUUCUAGGUACUGAAUCUCGGCCAGCUGCGAUAAUCCAUGAAGUCUCCCACUUCCUGGGGUACGAACACACCAUUACUGAGACCAUGGAAAACAGAGCGGAAAAACAUUUUAAUCAACGAAAACUACUGCCCCUCACAAAUUACUGUAUCGAGUCAGCGUUUGCCCGCUAUAUGAAUCAUAAAGGGAUUUAUACAAAGGGUUUCUACAGCUGCUGCGGUGAGAGAUCCAGAGACUCCGUGUGCGAUAACUCUGAGAUGAGCGUUUAUUUAAGGUAAUUAAAGGAAAAUGUGAAAUUGUGUUCAGUGUUUUAUUGAGCUGGAUAGUGCAUUGUUACUGUAAAUAGUUAAAGAAUGUUUUUAUAAUGUAAUGGGUUCUUUUUUUUUUAAUGAAUGUGGCAUAAUUACAAAAGGUAAUUUUAUAUAUAUUUAUAUUUUGUUAGUCUUUUUUUCUUUUUCUUCAAUCCACAUAAAAUACAGACAAAACACAAGAAAUUGGUCAGAGACAAAAACCAAAACCGCUGUGUUAUGCCAAGAGCAUCAAAGGCUAGAGUGGUUUAAUUAAGAGUUUUGUGUUUAAAUACAUAAAAAUGAAAAAUAAAAUAUAUGUAGUUGUAAUAAAGUUUAACUGAGCCUGUCACCCCUAAAAGAAAAGGAAAAAGCUGCACAUGGGGAGGAAAAAGUUAUGUGCUAUGUGCCUUGUGCCUUGUACCAAGAUAUGGAUGUUGUACAGUGUACACACCCAAUAAGCACAACAAGAGGCUAUCGUCCACUUUGCUAGGUCAAGGUGUGAGAUUUAGGUAUAGCAUAAAUGGGUGGGGGGUGGGAAGGAGAUUAUAUGGAACUACACCCCCAAUGCCCCCAGGAGGUAAUGGAAUGGAACGUGUCCGUAGGUAAAUUCAUCGUCAUGCAUUUUUCUAGUGGAACUAAAACAUAAACGACAAGAUAUACAAAUUAUAAACUAAACAAUAUAAUAACUGGUUUAGGUGUAGGUUAGCAGUUCAAGUUAUAGCUGUGGAUGCAGAGUUUCCCCUUUGGGUCCCAAGUAGUUGACUGUGGUGAGUGCACCGGACGUUGCAGCUCCUCAGUGGCGGUAGACCGCACAAGUUUCUGGAAAGUGUAGCCUACUUCUGAGGCCUAAUUGACCUUCAAAGUUCCUUUUUCAUGGGGUAUCAGGAGGCAGCUCGGGGUGCCCCACUUGUAGUAGAUGGGAUUAAAUGGGAAGAGCCCAACAAGUCACAGGACAGAUCCAAAUUCCAGGAGUAGAGUCAAGUACCCGUCCAUCUUUAAACUUUGAUAUCAUAUCAAUCACCAGUGGUGCUUACUCUAAUGCAAACUAAUGCUAGCUGCCCUAACUGACCAUGGUGAGUUCGGAGCUGAUUUGUGACUUGUGGGAUUUGCUUUAUAAAAUACUAUGCUCCUAUAAUUAACAGGAGUGACAUAAUGUGCAUUUACUGAAACCUGAAUCACACCUCAAAACGUAAUCAAGUCUACCCUUAAUCUAGCUGAUACAUGUAUGGGCACUCCAGAUGUUGUGGACUACAACUCCCAUAAUACUCUUACACCCAUAGAUUAUAUUCUUCUCCAGUGGAGCUGUGGAGACCCAGAGCCAGGGUGACAGGGCUCUGGUACAUAUGAGCUGGACCUCCAGAUGUUCACUAAUUUUAUCACAUUAAAGUACUAUUAUGGAUUAUUAUAUAUCUGUAUUAUCAUUAUUAGAUUUGUAUUUAUGAAGAAUUAUUGGUCUAAGUAUUUAAGUUAAUGCUAAGUCUGCCACUGUUAAUUCUGGUAUUUAUUAUGAUAUUAUGUGUCACUUUGGUGUGCUGCUGGUACUCUACACUUGCACAUAUUAUUGAUAUUGAUUUGCAGUGGCACUGUUCACUAUUGACAUUAUAGUGUAUAGAAACACGGAUUGUUAAACAGAUUGAGUGGCACUGUUCACUAUUGACAUUAUUUAUAGUGUAUAGAAACACGGAUUGUUAAUAUUCAGAUUGAGUGGCACUGUUCACUAUAGAAAUCAUUUGGAAUGUAUAUAGACACACGCACAGAUUGGUUUUAUUGAUCUGAGUGCUUUUCCACUUUUUUGGAUUACAUUUGAGAAUUAAACAAUGCUACAUUUUUUUUAUUUUUAUCUGCAAUGUUUGAACUGAAUUAGUAUAUCAUUUGCCAAAUCUUUAAAUUAAAUUAAUCUUAUUUUGUGUUAGACUCUCGGGAUGUAUUUAAUGGACAGUGUGAUGGAGCUCCAGUACUCUGACAGAGUACGUCCGCCUAGUCUGCUUCCUCUGAGCCAUCAAGGAUCCUGGAGCACUUCAGACCCAGUCGCCGAGGCUUGACUGGGAUCACUGAUGGCCUUUUCCAUGCUGGACCAGACACCAGACGACACUUGGUGAAGGUUAAAAUAGCAACUAACUUUAAUAUACAUAGCACACAUAUUUAAGCCCCCAAUAGCCUCAUUUACAUACAAUAUGGUACAUAGAGCACUAUAGUUUAAGGAAGGGUGCGGUCAGACAAUAGCAAGGGCUGGUGGGAGAUUGAGGAGGCAUAGGGCAGAUAGGGGGAGGGGGAUAGGCACAGACAAGCAAUACAUUCAACAUACCCUGCACCAAUAAUUGGCAAAGGGUGACCAAAACACAAAAGGAAUCUGGGGACCCACACAUAGUUGAUUUGGUAAACUAAUGGGGGGGGGGAGUAUGGACAGCCGAACAAAAGGGAAUAAAAGUGUAGUUAGGGCAUUCAUUUUGCUACAAACCGUAAGAUCAGUAUUAAACUUUCUUUUCUUAAUAGAAAGAAACCAUCUCCUUUGAGUGAGGAUGAGCAGAAGGUGGCAGAGGAAGCAAAACAGAGAACUCUGAAUAUCCUGACUGAUACUCUGAAGAAAAAGGACCUUCUGUUGGUGUCGAAUCCAGAAGACUUCACUGGCCAUUCCUCGGAUAAGUACAUUCCAUUAAUUAGCCCAAGUCUAGUAGAAGAUCUCAUUAGUGAACUCCAGAAAGUGACCUUCAUGAGAGGCAGGGAUCAUAAAGGUACAAUCGCUUAUGUUCAUCCAAGAUUAGGUGAUAGAACCAUUUAUCUGUGCCCGCCUUUUUGGGAGAGAAGUGAAUCUCUGAAAACUGACUCUUGUCCAGUAACAAUAAUUCAUGAAGUCUCCCACUUCCUCGGAUACAUGCACACAGUUACAGAGACCAUGGGAAGCAGAAUGGAAAAACAGUUUAAUCAUCGAAAACUACUGCCCCGUACAAAUUAUUGUAUCGAGUCAGCGUUUGCAGAGUACAUGAAUCAUGAUUGUACUUAUCUGAAUGGAUCCUACAGCUGCUGUGGUGAAAAGUCUAGAGACUCUGUGUGCGAAAAUUCUAAGAUGAGCCAUUAUCUAAGGUAAUUCAUAUGAACUUGGUUGUAAUGUUCAUCUGUUGAGUGUUGUUGGAUCUGUUACUAUUCCAUUUCUUCAUAUUUAGUUAUUAUUUGUUAUCCAGAGCAUGUUACAUAGUCUACCAGCUAUACAAGUGAGACAUCAUUUGACAUGCUGGUAAGGACAUAAGGAAUCCUGUAGCACUAUUACACAAAAUGAGCUUGCAAUCUAAAGGACAUAAUCUGGGUUGGGACAGGAGAAUAUGAUAAACUAAUAAUAUGAGGGGCAUAAUGGGAUAUAACAAAAAAAACAGAAUUAAGGAAGAGUUGAAAGAUCAGGUUCAGAUAAAAUGCUUAUUUUAUUAAUUUCAUUAGAAAAACACACUUUAUUAUGAAAUCGUGAAGCCCAAUGUAUGAAAAUCGCCACAAAAUAAACAAUUGUUUCUCUUCGUACUGGGCAUUCCACACUAGAGUCUCUUACUUGACUCACUCAUAUCAUAUUUUCCUGGAUAGCCGGCCAACGUCUCAGGCUUUCAAGAGGAGCAACCUGUUAUUCUAUAAAUUUAUUAGGGAACCCGUUCAAGGCCUCAUUAGAUACGAGUUUACUCAAUGUUACGUUAACCCAAGUUUUAUUUCCAUAUCAAAAUAAGAUAAACCUGUAACCAAUGAACAAUAACCAAAAAGCCUUCGGAAGAAAAAACUUGCAUCGCUUUAUGCAUCGCCCCAAGCCUAGCCAGAUUCUUGGGUUGAAUGGUCAUAUUCAGAUGGUAAAUGGGCAGAAACUCAAUAUAUAUUAUAUAUAUAUAUAUAUGAAUCUAGACACUAGGUCGUUAAGAUCAUUUUUGGCCAUAUGUUUUAUAAUAUUCUCCGAGAUGAACGAAAAAGGGAAUAUAACGUGCUCUAGGCAGCUGACAUUUUACACUGCAUAGAAUGCUAUUUCAAAGUGUAUAUAUAUAUAGUCAAUACAAAGAAUUCUCUGCUGACCUCUUCUGUAACAGGACUGUUCAAAGAAUGGCAAUAACAAAUGAAAUAAUAUAAAUAUCAGAACAGUCCCAAUCAUCAGUGCAAUGCAAAUCUAAACGUUGGGCAAAAUCAGCACUCACAAUAGCAGAAGUAAUUUUCAGUGAUAAAGGCUAUGUUGGAGCCAAAAUGUUGAAUGGUUAUUUAUGGUGGCUUCAAUAAAGACAGGUUAAAAUAAUAAUUCAUUGCAUUUCAUUCAUUGCUCUUUAAUGAAAUGUGGAUAAAUCUAUUCUAAAUAUUUUAUUAGUAAAGGAUCGACAUACUUUGCAGUUUGAUACAUUCUAAGACUAAUCAAUGGUUGUGUAGGACUUUUUAUCAAUCCAACCCGAGGGAAUCAUUAACCUAUAAGUUUAAUAGACACUAAAAGUUAUUGAAUUGAUAUAUUAAUGUCAUUGUUUGUACAGUUUAAAACCAUGAAAAUCUUUUUUUUCCUCUAUUCCCAGGGUCUUAAAAUCAGAGGAAAUGAAGAAAGUCAUAUUACCAAAUAUAGAAGGAAAUUAAUCUGAAUAUGCCAAUUACCUAUACCGAAUGUUCGAGAAACUUUCCAGAAUAAAUAAUUAAUUCUAAUCCAAGUCUAAUUCUAAAAAUAAUACUAUUGAUCGUAAAAUAUUGGUUCUUAUUUCUCCACUUCACAAGGGCAUAUAACAAUAUGACAUUAUUAUAAUUUAUUACUAUUAUUGUGAUUAUUGAUAUAGAACUAACAUAUUCAACAAACAAUAAAUAAAAGACAAAAGUGCUGAAACGACUCUCUAAACUGGAAGCAGUCACUAUUUAUUUAGUGCACUAUGUAAUUUAAAUAUAUAUAAAAAAAAAAAAUAAGAUAUGUAAUCAUGUGUAAAGUUCCAAUGGCAGAUUCUACAUUUGCAUAACUCUUAUUCAGGUUUAUAGGGGUUAUAAUAAUCCAUAAACCCAUAAACUAAUGUUCGUCAGAGGUGGGUGAGAUAUAAAAUUCAGACACGGCUGAAGGGGGCAUGGAUGGCACAACCCAGGCAGGGGCUUUCCCCUGAUAAUCCAUGCUAUCUAGUAACCUGGUAGGUUCCUCCAGUACACCAGUCCGAACAUCAACCUACUAUGGCUGUCACUUCCUGUGUUAGGUCCACCAUAAUGGCAAAGCCUCCCCACUUUUCAUCCCGGCUACAAUGUGGGUUCACAGAAGUUCCUAGCCCCUAUGGCCAACGAAAAAUCAGUGUCUCGAACAUGAGGAAACCUUGUAACAAAACACCACCUUCCAGAUAUUGCUACUACUCGAUUUAUACACAAAGACUGAAUUGCUUUGACUGCAGUGUUUUAAAAGACGCAUAUGGUAACACCAAUGGGGCAGGUUUCUUAAAUGUUUGAACUUAUCACUGGAGUUUUGAAAAAAAAAUUUCUGCAUAUUUUGUUUAUUGUUGUGGCCAAUGAACCCUCUGACGAAAGCCUGGUAGAUUCGAAGAGAGAUCUCGUUCUAGUUAUUACAGACACGCGGUCUUAUUUUGGGUCUGACCGGGUAAUCAUCCCUGCCUGCCCCCCCUGUGUGUUAACAACUGCCGGAUUAUCAUUUACAUCAAGCAUGCCAAACUCAAAGUGUGGCAUGGGCCACAUAAACAAGGUUUAAGUUUAUGUGGGCAGCACAUACACACACAUACUCACUGACAGACACACACACACACAUACUCACUGACACACACACUGACUGACAGACGCCCACACUGACAGACAGACGCACACUCACUGACAGAGACACACACACACUCACUGACAGACACACACACACUCACUCACUGACAGACACACUCACAGACACACACAGACAGACACACGCUCACUGACAGACAGACACACAUACAGACACACUGACACACACUGACACACACUGAUACACACACACAUACUCACAGACAGACACACACACUGACAGACACACUUGCUGACAGACACACACACACUGACACAGACACACACACUGACACAGACACACACAUACUCACUGACAGACACACACACAUACUGACAGACACACACACAUACUGACAGACACACACAUACUUGGUGAUAGACACACACACACACACACUGACAGACACACAUACUUGCUGACAGACACACACACACUUACACAGACACACACUGACACAGACACACACAUACUGACAGACACACACACAUACUGACAGACACACACAUACUUGGUGAUAGACACACACACACACACACUGACAGACACACACACACUGACAGACACACACACACACACUGACAGACACACACACACACAUACUUGCUGACAGACACACAUACACACACUGACACAGACAGGCACACUCACACACUUACACACACAUACUUUUCAUUAUUGCUCCUUACCUUAUGGAGCCGAUGGGGGGGCAUCUCCCUGGGGUACUUCCUGCUCCUCCCUGCUCCCGCGAGCGGUUUAGUGAUGCCGGAAUAUGACGUCAUAUUCUGGCGCCCGGCUUCACUACAGACGGCUUGUGAGGAGCAGGAACACUGAGCUCCCUCGCUGGCCCUCCUUCCUGGCCGGGUAAAUAUAAGCAGAAAUGUGGGGAAAGCAGGUGCCUACUCUGCUAUAACACUGAGCAUGCACUCGCGGCUCAUCGGGCAAAUACGGUCCUUGUGGGAUGCAUGCGGCCCACGGUCUGCGGCCCGCGAGUUUGACAUGCUUGGUUUACAUCAAUCCAAGGCCAAUAUAGAACGUAUCAAACUGUUGGUUGGAAAUACACAUAAAAGGAUAAUAAUGGCAAUGUAAACAAUGCUUAUUCUCAAAUAACUUUAACCUCUUGGUUUCCAUGAGUUUAUAAUAUUCUACUCCUUUAGAAUGUCACGCUACAUUUUGGACCUUUAACUUUAAUCACCUUGGUUUCUCCAAAGUUGGAGAACAGAUCAAAACACUGGUUCAUGCAUGGUACAAACUAGGAAUAAAAAUUAUAUAAAAAACAAUAUGAAAUUAAAAUGAUCUUUUAUUAGAAAUACAAGGGAAAAAUAAUAUUAAUGCUUCCCACAAGGGGGAGCAGUAGUUUUAAAAUCUCACCAAUGAAAACAUAAAUCAAACUUUUCUGAAUUAGAAACCCAUGAUAAUCAAACUAAUGUGGUCAAUCAAACAUUUAUACAAUUCAAGGGAUAUACAAGUCUCCCAGAUGGUCAAAGGGACACUAUAGUCACCCAAUGCAGUGAGAGACCUGGCAGCAUUAUACCAGCUCUCACUGCCAGGUCUCCUCUCUCUCUCUCCCUGCUCUGUGCUCAGUGCUCAGUGUGAGGAUGGGAGAUGGGGCAGGUAGUGACAUCACCCCCGCUUCCCUCUCACACAGAGAACUCAUACAGCGUGUAUGGAGGGUGAGAAGGAGCCUGUCUGCCCCACUGCUGCUGGAGGAAGAAUACCAUCAGAUUGGUAGAGGUAAGCAGGCCCAUACACACUGCAUACACUGCCCACCCAUACAGACACUGCAUACACUGCCCACCCACACACACUACACACACUGUCCACCCAUAUAUACACACUACAUACACUGCCCACCCAUGUAUACACACUGCAUACACUGCCCACCCAUACAGACACUGCCCACCCAUACACACACUGCACACCCAUAUAUACACACUACAUACACUGCCCACCCAUGUAUACACACUGCAUACACUGCCCACCCGUAUACACACACUGCCCACCCAUAUACACACACUGGAUACAAUGCCCACCCAUAUAUACCCACACACUGCAUACACUGCCCACCCAUACACACACCGCAUACACUGCCCACCCAUACACACACUGCAUACACUGCCCACCCAUAUAUACACACACACUGCAUACACUGCCCCCCAUAUAUACACACACAUACUCCCCCCCCAUACACACACUGCAUACACUGCCCACCCAUACACACCCUGAAUACACUGCCCACCAUGUGAGUUGGAUAUGUACUCCCCCCUACAUUUUAUCCAUAGUGCAUUGGCAUACUGCACCAUUAUAUGUCUCACUUUUCCAUUCUAGACCUAUUGUCAUACAUACAAGCGAUAUUUGAUUUCCCCAAUUGUCAUUAGGUGUAAGAUAUUGAAUCUAGCGCUCCAGUGAGUGACCUUUUUGUGGCGGUACUAUCCACCAAGUUCACCCUUUUUUGCAUAUAUACACACAGACUGCACACACUGCCCACCCAUAUACACACACACACACUACCCACCCAUAUGUACACACAUACUGCUCCCCCCACACACACUGCAUACACUGCCCACCCAUAUAUACAAACACACACACUGCCCACCCAAAUAUACACACACACUGCCCACCCAUAUAUACACACUGCAUACACUGCCCACCCAUAUACAUGCACACACUGCAUCCCCACAAACAUACACUGGUCACCCAUAUAUACACUGCCCACCCCACACACACAUACAGUCCCCCAUACACACAUUGCCCCACACACACAUACACUGCCCCCCCCCACACUCAUACACUGCCCCCCACACUCCAUACACAUACACACAUUGCCCCAUACAGACUUACACACUGCCCUCCCCAUACACACAUUGCCCCACACACACAUACCCUGCCCCCACACACACCAUACUCACACACUGCCCCCCCAUACACACAUUGCCACACACACACACACAGCCCCCCAUACAAACAUACACUGCUCCCCAUACACACAUUGCCCCACACACCCUACACAUUCACUCACUACACCCCCGCGCCACACACACACUGAACCUUUCACACACACACCACUGCUCCUAUGCCCUACUACAGCCUCAUACCCCAGCAAGUUGUCAAACUCAGAUCCCAGGUAAGUUGUCAAACUGUUCUUAAAUGGUUUGACUACUUAUUUUAAAAUUAUUUUUAACAUUCACUUAGUCCUCAAAGGACCACUAUAGGCACCCAGACCACUUUAGCUCAAUGAAGUGGUCUGGGUGCCAGGUCCCUCUAGUUUUAACCCUGCAGCUGAAAACAUAGCAGUUUCAUAGAAACUGCUAUGUUUUACUGAGGGUUAAUCCAGCCUCUAGUGGCUGUGUCACUGACAGCCGUUAGAGGCGCUUCCGCGAUUCUCACUGUGAAAAUCACAGUGAGAAGACGCUGGCAUUAAGUAAUGCUUUCCUAUGGGUGGCUUGAAUGAGCGCGGCUCUUGCCGCGCAUGCGCAUUCAAAUCUGACGUCGGCAAAAGGAGGAGAGUUCCCCAGCGCCGAGGGAGCCCGGCGCAGGAGAAAGGUAAGUGGUUGAAGGAGUUUUAACCCCUUGAGCCCAGUGGGAGGGGGCCCUGAGGGUGGUGGUGGGGGGGGGACCUAAUGACCCUAUAGUGCCAGGAAAACGAGUUUGUUUUCCUGGCACUAUAGUGCUCCUUUAAUAUUUUGUCUUCGAAGGGCCCUGGAUCUACUUUUGUCCGGGGGCCCAGAAGGCUGUCAGUCCAUCCCUGAGCCUAAACAUCAAUUCCUGCAUCAUAGUGAUUAAAUGUGGAGGAAUAAGAAGGGCUGGAAUUGAAUGUAUCAUCACGGUAGCAGCGGGGGGAUCCUAGAGAUGCAACUGGGUGGAAGUAGUGAGAAGUCCUGGGCAGAACAAACAGGACAGGCUGGAGAGUAUUUGGAGAGAAUCUGAGAUAGAGAUUCAGAGAUACUGGGACCAAGGUUAGUUAGAGUGUCAUUACUGACUAUGAGAGGAUGUGAGGCUCAGGGGGUGGAAUUAUUACUGAGCUCAAAGUUUUAGGAAAAUACAGAUUAGGAACAGCGUGCACACACACAAAACAAAUACAGUUUUAAGUUUUGUAAGGCUACUUAAAAUCACCUAUCUUAGAAAACAAAUAUGGGGAUUCAGCUACCCCAUAAUGUCAUAUUGUGUUAAGCCCAGCAUUUUGUCACAGUAUUAUGACCCCAAUAUUGGUGGGUCCAACACUAAUUUUAACAUGAGAGAUUAACAUGCAAACUGCAAUACUUACUGCUUAAACUGCUUCCAACGAAAGCUUUAGGGUGAUAUCAUACUACGUCUCCUCAACGCCAAAACGCAUUACAAAAUUACAUUAUAACCGUCCUGAUAAGUCAUCUAACAGACAGGUUACAGGUAGCAUUCAUUACAAUGAUGCAAAUGAAUAAUAACAUUUGUCUAGUGUCAGUGUGGUUACUCACCAGCCUCCUGCGAGAAAAAAAAAGGGUCAGAUAUAACUUGACGAAAGUAAAACCAAAUGUAAAUGUGAGUCAGAGAAAUGGUAAAAGCCUUUAUGAUAAUGCUGAAGGACAAUAAAACAUAAUAAAUAGAGGUGAUUAUGGGUCUAUCCAAUCCUCUGAGAAUUUCUCACUAAGACUUCAAUAAAAUUUUAAUAAACAUAAGAUAAAUACACGACGCAGUGUGACUGUAGAAAUUCCCCUAAUUAGUGCUCCUUUUGGCAAUAACAGAAGAAACAUUACGUAGCUCGAUCUACAGUUAUUCUCCAAGCAGAUCUCAUAUAUUACAAAGUAUGUAUCAUUACAAAGAGGACCUAUAUCAUUUGUUUAUCAGACUAAGCCUAUCCCCAAGGCUGUACAAACUCCAAAUGCCGAACAGCUUCCCCACGUGAAAUACAAUUAUUAUUAUUAUUAUUAUCGCCACUUAUAUAGCGCCAACAGAUUCCGUAGCGCUUUACAGUAUUAUGAUGGGGGGGAUUUAACUAUAAAUAGGACAAUUACAAGAAAACUUACAGGAACAAUAGGUUGAAGAGGACCCUGCUCAAAUGAGCUUACAGAAAGCCUCUGAACGUGUCUUGUGGUAUCUGACACCAAGACAUCAGAUCCUUUAAGUCCUGCAAGUUGUGAUGUGGGGCCCCCUGGAUCGGAUUUGUUGUUCCAGCGCAUUCCACAGAUGCUCAAUUGGGUUUUGAUUUGAUAUAUUGAUCUUUUUCAUGUAUGAUAUAUUUGUGAUAUUUUAAUAUUUUGAAGAACAUAUUUUUAAUGGAUUAUUGGCUACCAAGUUAUUUCAUACCGCAAGCUUCACGACCACUUAGGUGUCACCUUAAGCCACAAUAUACCAAUAACAGCUGGAGCAUAGCUUGGGGGGCUUAUCUGUCCCAUCACGGAAGACUUGCAGGUGGGUUUGGGGACACAGAAAGCUAGACUGACAUGAAAUCCUCAAUUAAUAUCGUGGAAGGGGAGGAUAAUAGGGGAAGUGGAAUGGGGUGAUGGCAGGUGCGGGGCUUUGGGGUUUUCUCUUCCUCUGCAUUAUUUUUCUUCUUCCCUUUUCUUCCAUGUCAUGGAUCUCUUCUUUUGAUACAUCAAAUAAUACAGUUUUGUAUAGACCAUCAUUUGCAGAAUAUUGCAUAUUCUAUGUUUCUAUUGAUUAUGUAUGGAUGUCUGGAUUGACAUAAGUAAUAGAUGGUACCAAUAAGUCACAAGGCUUUCUUUGUCUAAGAACUCUGGAAUGUGGAAUGUGGGUUCUUGUCCUUAUAUGGCUAGGGUUGUACUCUGACGUCAUUAUGGUCAUAUCAAUAUAGGAUAGUGAACAAAGGGCCACAAGGUUUUGCUGUUGCCGCUUGCUGCACGAGGUCGUACUUGUCCGGCUGUCUAACUAUGUAAACUCAAACUCUCCCUUCAGAAGUCCAGCAAUUACCAUCCGCUGUUGAACAUCCAUUAUCCUGUAACAUUCUUCGUUGUUUUAUUAUGUAUCAGUAACUGUAAGAAUAAACCUGAAGAAGCCAUAAGUCAGAUUGCGUAUUAGUAUUUUUUGUUAAUAUAGACGUAUAUUAACAUGGUGAGCCUUUUACCCAAAAAGAUAAAUAUAUUUAAAAGAAUAUUUCAAUCAACGUGGAAAAAGACACAGACCACUGAUUACAUCAUUGUAAUUGGAUACUGUUUGGUAGUAUUUGAUUAAUUAUCUAGUUUGUCAGAGGAUCAGGUAACUCCUACUGAGAAACGUCACAACUAAUUGCGAUGGUGUUUCUCAAAAAAUGCCAUCAUAAAUAUACACCCAAGAGAUGUCCCAUUGCUAUUAUAUUUACUGUUACACUUCUGAAUUACUAAAAUUGAGAUGGGGGGGAGGGUGGAGGGGAGAGAGUGUGUAUGGGAGGGAUUGUUGGGAUAAUACACAAAUGUGUUGCCAUCAUGACAUAUUUUGGAGUUCUUAGUUCCAUGGAACAAAUAUCUGGAGAACAUUCUCUACUUUCCCACUUAACAUUAUUCAAGUCCUACAAGUUGCAUAGGGUCAUUAAUGCACUUCUGUUUCUAUAUUAGCUUUAUUAUAUAUGUGCCCACGUGGCAAGACUGGAAUAACACUACCUACCCAAGACCUACCCACUUGCUACUCUGAGUAUUCCACAUAUUUGUUUAGCUAAACUGUUCAUUAUUAUUUAUUUAAGAUUUUUGUAUUGUUUAUUAAUCACAACGGGAGUUAUAUAAAUGGUUCCUACAGCUGCAUGGUUCCUACAACUGUAAUGAGGGAACCACAGACUCGCUAUGCAUACAAUGCCCUCGAUUUGCCAUUUCUGGAUAAGCUUCUCAAAUUAUUUAAUAUUUUUGGCUAAACUUUUAAUAUAACUUUUUUGAAAUAGUAAAACAUAUAUAAUAAAAAAAUCAUAUAUAAUUACAUUAUAGCAUAAAUAUCUAAAUAUAUUUUCAGAAUUAAAAAUAACUUUAAAAGUUUAUCUGAAAAUCUUAAAUCAUUUGAAUGAAAACCAACCUUAUCCAAAAUAUUAAAUUUAGUCCAAUAUAAGGUGAGUUCUUAUACAAGGUAAUGCCAUUGAUGAAAUACAUUUAUAGCUACAAUUCAAAGUCAAUUGUUUUUUCUUUUUUGGGGGGGAUAUUUUUACUGCUUAAAAUAGAAAUAUGAUUUCAUGCAUUAGGUAAGGAUUUGAGAACUUUCACAUUUAAAUGAUCUAAUACUCAUCAGGUCUCAAGAUGUGAAACUAGUUAUAUCUGCGUGCAUUGGAAAAGUCCCAAAGAGUUGGAUGACAGGUAUUUUCUUUUGGGAAUUUUAUUUUUUAUACUUUUACACACAAAGGGUUGCAGUAUGACCUCGUUGUAUCUGAAGGCCACGUAUCUACAACAAAGUUGAAAACAUGAUGUGACCACAAAAUGAAACCUGAAGACUUCUCUGAACAACAUUUUGCUCUAAGAAUUCAAAGCUAUAAAAAAAAAUACAAAAUACGUAAAAGUGUACAAACGAAAUAUAAAACUAUAAAAAAAUAUAUCAAAGAUUUAAAUGAUUUUAUACAUAAUGUAAAUUUAAAGGACCACUCUAGGCACCCAGACCACUUCAGCUUAAUGAGGUGGUCUGGAUGCCAGGUCCAGCUAGGGUUAACCCAUUCUUUUAUAAACAUAGCAGUUUCAGAGAAACUGCUAUGUUUGUAAAUGGGUUACUCCUUCCUCCAAUUCCUCUAGUGGCUGUCUCAUUGACAGCCGCUAGAGGCGCUUGCGUGAUUCUCACAGUGAGAGCACGCAAGCGUCUAUAGGAAAGCAUUGUAAAUGCUUUUUUAUGAGACCGGCUGAAUGCGCGCGCAGCUCUUGCCACGCGUGCGCAUUCAGCCGAAUGGGAGGAGAAGAGGAGGAUCAGAGGCAGAGAGCUCCCCGCCCAGCGCUGGAAAAAGGUAAGUUUUAACCCCUUUCCUCUCCCCAGAGCCGGGCGGGAGGGGGACCCUGAGGGUGGGGGCACCCUCAGGGCACUAUAGUGCAAGGAAAACGAGUAUGUUUUCCUGGCACUAUAGUGGUCCUUUAAGGCCAAAAAAAUGCAACUGGAAAAUGUGUCCACUUGUAAACUGAGGACUGAGCUGCAAUGCUCCUUAUAUUAGAAAAUGAAAUAUCUUGCACUUGUAAGAUCGCCACUUGGCGGUACUUUUGUGCAGCUAAAACUUGCAAAUAUCCGGUUAAAAUCUCUCCUGGACUUUCUAAACCUACCUCGCCAACAAAUUGAACUACACACCUCUCUAUGUCCAGCAAAGGACAAUUCCCGUGCAGCUAUAAUGUAAGCACUUUGCAAAUACAGGCUGUCCUCAUUUACCGACCGGGUUCCGUUCUUAUGACCCGGUUGUAAAACAAUUUUGUCAGUAAAUGAGGAUGUGCUAUCGAGCAUGCACAAGGAGGCAGGUCUACAUUCGGGGGAAUUCCCCCGAACAUAGACCAGUAGAUUAGUAAUUUCAGCGAUUUCCUGCUGCUAAUCUCCUGACUAAUCCAUCACAACAAAAGACAAAGGAUCUCGAGAGAUAUCCAUGAUAAUGUCCACAGUACAGGCUGACUGUACAUUAGCAGACUGGCAUUCACUGCAUUUCCUAAUACUGUCACAAUGUAGAAUAAUCAAUUCAUUAUGCUUUAGUUUAUAAUCCACACAAACUUGUUAAAAUAAUGUUGUCAGCUAGACUUUUGCAUUCUGUUUUAAAUGAAUUCCAACUUGCCUGAAUUUUGGCUGAUCUGUGGGUCAUCAGAAUUCCGUAACUCUGACCUUUCAUGAAACAAACAACACGGACAAUGAAUUAACAGUGUAUUCAAACAUUCGGAAUACCCGGAUGUGGCAUAAAAAAAAAAGAGCUGAUUGAUGGUUAAGGGACAGCCAAAAAUGAAAUAAACAAAUCAAAUAAAUAAUAAAUAAACCAAUGAUCAGCCAGACCAGACACUUAAAAUCUGCAACCGAAUACCAAAAACCAACCCACCACUCAAUAUCGGGAUUAUUGACCAAAUCCUCGCUGGAAUUAGCUUAUAGGACCACUAAUACUCGUUUUCCUGGCACUAUAGUGCCCUGUGGAGAUUCUUGGCGGCCCACCUACCCCCGAAACAAGCUAAAAGCCUGAAACUGGACGGUAUGUUCCGCUUCCCCAAGCCAGACAGAGCACCGGCAGCCACGGCUCCGGACCUCAUCCUCCGCUUCAGUUCCCUACAGGAUAGGACCCUAGUGCAAGCUGCGGUGAGGGGGAAGACACCCAUUGCCUUUGAGGUCGCCUCACUUCACCUCAUCCCAGACCUCUCCAGGAACAUACUUCUGUGGCACCAGUCCCUGAAACCACUACUCCAGCAGCUACACGCAAAUGAGAUACCAUACCAAUGGAGCCCCUCCUGCACAGUCCUUAUAGCGGCCCAAGACAACACACUUAGAGCAGAAACCUACCAGGAGCUGGAGGACCACCGGCGGUCACUGGAAAUACCGCUAUGUAACACCUCGGAAGGAGGGAACCUGUCACAGGUGGACUUGGCCUCAAUUAGGGAGCUUAUACCCCGAGCGGAGAGACCCACUACAUCUACUGAAACUGUGACCUGAAUGAGGGGUUAUUAAGCCCCGGCAGAUGCUGAGCCCCUACCCAAGAUCCCCACGGAGCCGGGGACUUGCCCAGUUGUUUUUCCCCACCAAACCCGAUGACAUCAGGACAAUAAGAUGGACUCACACUUAUUAUAAUUGUUUAACCUUUGUUGUUAUGAUUUUAUGGUUACAUUUUUCACCUCUGCCACACUCCCACCCACUCCGUCUUCUGCAGGCGUCUCUGACUAGAAGGGGCACAGAGCGGAGCAAUACCACUACACAGUAGGCCCUACCUCACCACGCGCACUGCAUACCUUCACAUACAAGACCGUCCAGACACCUACGGACAUCACUACUGACAUUCUCUCCCCCCAUCCCUUCCCACAAACGCUCUCUGAGGGAAGGGGCAUAUACCUGGCCACAGGAAUGCCUACCACCCGUACUACUCCUACGACCCACAGCCCAGUGGCCACUCCACUCAUGCGACACCCCGACAGGCUUACACACCAAAACAAAAAAACACCUCAAUUCACAGAAAUACUCACGCGCAACGCAGCUUAGAGCCCUCUUGUGAUGUAUAAUCUAUUCUCUAAAUGAGCUGUUCAAUGUAUGCCUUACGACAAUAUACGCUUUGUGAACAAAUAUUAGAAGCAUAAUGUGGAUUGAGGAAAAAUAAAGAUUUUUUUUUUUUUUUAAAAGAGUGGCAUAGCUUUUAGUUAAAUGGGUCUUUAACCCCUUAACCCCUCAAGGACACAUGACAUGUGUGACAUGUCAUGAUUCCCUUUUAUUCCAGAAGUUUGGUCCUUAAGGGGUUAAGGACACAUGACAUGUGUGACAUGUUAUGAUUCCCUUUUAUUCCAGAAGUUUGGUCCUUAAGGGGUUAAUGGCUAUGCUCUUUGGAAUUAGAAGCUCACCUGAGACAUUACCAAAUACACAAGACGGUCUUUAUUUCUUAGUUAGUUCAUGAGCAAGACGCUCCUAUUCUGAUAUAACAAACAAACUUGAGAAUGAAAGUGAAAGGUGUUUUAUAUACAAAACAAUAAUGUAUUAGACCGAUUGUGCUGAACAAUGUCUUAAGGGAGUUGCUCUUAUUUAUAUGCCCAGUACAUGGUCUGAUUCCUUGCAGAUUUUACCAACAAGGUGCUGGAUCACCAGUAAUGGUGGUCUUUUACAAUGCCCACAGCACUUUCUUUUCAUAAUAAAAUAAAGAAUUCAUCUCCUUUGAGUGAGGAUGAGCAGAUACUGGCAGAGAAAGCAAAGCAGAGAACUCUGAAUAUCCUGAUUGAUACUCUGAAGAAAAAGGACCGUCUGUUGGUGGAGAAUCCAGAAGACUUCACUGGCCAUUCCUCGGAUGAGUCCAUUCCAUUAAUUAGUCCAAGUCUGGUACAAGAUCUCAUUAGUGAACUCCAGAAAGUGACUUUCAUGAGAGGCAAGGAUGAUGUUCAUAAAGAUUUUAUCACUUAUGUUUAUCCACGAUCAGCUGAAGGAAUCAUUUUUCUCUGCCCACCUUUUUGGCAGAGAAGUACAUUUUUAGGUACUGAAUCUCGGCCAGCAGCGAUAAUCCAUGAAGUCUCCCACUUCCUGGGGUACGAACACACCAUUACCGAGACCAUGGAAAACCAAAUGGAAACCCAUUUUAAUCAACGAAAACUACUGCCCCUCACAAAUUACUGUAUUGAGUCAGCGUUUGCCCUCUAUAUGAAUCAUAAAGGGAUUUAUACAAAGGGUUUCUACAGCUGCUGCGGAGAGAGAUCCAGAGACUCCGUGUGCGAUAACUCUGAGAUGAGCAUUUAUCUAAGGUAAUUAAAGGGAUAUGAGGUUUUGUGUUCAGUGUAUGGUAGUGCAGCAUUGUCCAUUGUUACUGUAAAAUGUGAAUAGUUAAAUAACUACAAAAAAAAAAGAUUUGAAUGCUUUCUUAGCAAAGUAUGACAUUAGAGAACUUAUUAUUUAUUUAUAGUGCUGGAGUGUUGUUAAUCUCUUGGGCACUUUUAGCCAGCACUUCCUGUUAAAUAAAGGGUUAAAUUGCUCUAAUCCAGUGAUAAGAGGGUCUCCUCUCUAGAGCUCCUCGCCCAGUCUCCACACUCAUCUGCUGGCCAAUCGAAUGCUUCUCAUAGAGAAGCACUGAGAGUCAUGGCACAUGCGCAGCAUAGGGCGCUUCUUAACACCUUUAGAAAAGUGCAAAUUUCUCUUGAAAUUACCACUUUUAUAUCAUAUGAAGUUUUUUCCUUUUUCAAAUAAAAAUUGGAAAUACAUGUUUUCUACUUACAUAUCAGAUAAUUGCAAAAAACAAAACAACUUGAUGCAUUUGAGUCUGAUUUUAUUAAACUAAAAGUUAGUUAGGGUUCACUGUGUUUGCCUUGAAAAUGUUACUGUUACUGUUUCUGUUGAAAAUGUGUAUUUUAAAGUCUUCCUUAAAGGACAAUAAUUGUCAAUUUUUUUAAAGUUUAUUACAUUUAGUGAAACAAUGUUUUUUUGUUUUGUUUUUUUAAAUGUACCUGGCUCAGUCUAACUUUCCUGCUACUGCUGUUUCACACAGAGCAAUCAUACUAUUGAAUAAAACACUACAAUAUUAAAAAGUACUCUACAUGUGAAAACACAAAAACACAUUGAAUAUUACCGCAAAAAGAAAAAAAACAACACAAUUUGGUGUAUAUAUGAAUGCACUCACAAGAUUGUGUGAUUUUGUAAGAGUGCUAUUCAAUGUUUGUUUUUUGUUUUCACUUGUAGAGUUUUUUUGUCUUAUUGGAUAUUGAAGAAUUGGAGGAAUCUAUUCUUUGCAGUGAUAUAAGUGUAAAGGGGUCUUUGUCCACCCUUUUCUUUUGUAUUCUCACUGUUUUUUUAGGUGCUUUGUUGCAUAUUUUUGUAAAAUCACAUAUUGCCUGUGUAUUUCACAGCAGCAGCCAGCCCUGUCAGUGUGUGUGUCGGCAUACUCUCCAGCCUAAAUUUCCCCCUCAGCAUUCAAAAAUAUUGUCAACAUGAUCAGAUAUACUUAUGUUUGUUUCCACUCUACCUGACUGGGAACAAACUGUGUGUGUAGGCCCUGUGUAAUUGUCUGUCAAAGCAGUCCAGCUAUCGUCUCUCUCUGAAAAUUGAUAAACUUUUAUUUUCUGUUUGAGAGGCUCAGGGUGUCAUUCCCCUCCACCAGCGACUCAAACAGUGGUAAACACUUUUCAGAAAACUUUUUGAGCAAUUUAUUUUCUCAUUGCAGUGUGCGUGCAGGUUGGUUGUUCUUGAUGGGACAUUUAAUCCACAACUUCUGGAAAGGCAAAUGUUUCCUACUUAUAAAAAGAACUGAUCAGUAUUAUUUAUUUUUUCCUAGAACAGAUCAGUGACCAGCUUUAGGGACUGUCAGACAGGGUUGUUUAACAGCUGAGGGGGAUUGUAGCCACCCCUCGUUUGGAGUAAAAUUGUAUUAACACAUUAUGUAUUUAUUGGGAAUGCAGAUACACAAGUCAAACAGAAAUGUUUUUACAAAAGACUACAUAGUUUUAAAGAAAAAUAGAACUAAAUUUUUAACCAUAAUGAAAUAAAAUGUAUGUUGGUAAAGUGUAAAUAUUUGUUGAAUUUUGCCUUAGGUUAGACUCUGGGGAUAUAUUUAUUAAACAAAUAGCUGCGUGCAAGGUCUGGGCCAGACAUACCCAGGUACAUACUAAUGCAGGGCUCGUUUGUCCAUUCUGAUCCCCAUUUAAAUUUCUAUCUGGACUUCUGCGACAGUACGUUUUCACGUUCAUCUGCACAUGAGCAUCUCUACCUAAAUUUCAUAACCAGUGCCUGGUCCUUCCAUACUGAACUAUAUUCAUGCCGGUGUAUAGCACUGUGGAUGUUAAAUUAAUAUGUAUGGUGCCCUCUGACUAUACCAGGACAGUCAGGAAAAAAUAAAAAAAUAAAAACCUAUUCAUAUAUUUUUUGAAAACAAUCCACAGUUAACUUCUACAGAGUUAUUGGCUAGAGCGAGAAUUUUUAGGAAUUAAAAGUGAAUUUCAAACUUUAGACCAAAAUAUCAAAACUGUAAGCACAACUUAGUUGGAUAAUUUUUCCAAUUCACCUAUUAAUUAAGUUGAUAAAAUCUGACAAAAGGAGGAAUUUAUAUAAUGCGAAAGUUUGUCAAUUCCUGCAGAUAUCUUUAGAGAUGGCUGUAGGCAGGGCCGUCUUUAAUGCGGGGCAAACAGGGCAGCUGCCCCGGGCCCUGUCCCUGCUGGCGGGCCCGAGGUAACUGCCCUGUUUGCCCUCUGCCCACAAACUAUGGGGGCCCAUUGGGUGGCCCAUGCACUUAGGGCCAGCCGGUGGGCCUGUGUCAGCAGGGGCCCGGUCGGGCGCUGUGGCGCUUUAACAGCGCAACCGGGCCCUUGCUUUUCGGCAACACUGGGAGGAAGUGACAGCCAUGCGUCACUUCCUCCCACAGAAACAGGAGCCGCAUGGGAUGAAGGAGGACCAGCUGUUCCGGAGGGGGCCAGCCCGGGAGAGCUUAACUCCCAGUCACCCCAGCCAGCCCACUGAACCACAGGGAAGCCACCCUCCAGGAAAAGGUAAGAAACUUGAGGGUGGUUAUCAAAUUUUGCAUGAGUGUGUCAGUACGUGUGUAUGUCUGUUAGUGUGCCAGUAUGUCUGUGUGCCAGUAUGUCUGUGUCUGUGUGUAUGUCUGUGUGUGUGUAUGUCUGUCAGUGUGUCAGUAUGUCUGUCAGUGUGUCAGUAUGCCUGUGUGUGUGUAUGUCUGUCAGUGUAUGUGUAUAUGUCUGUCAGUGUGUCAGUAUGUCUGUGUGUGUGUGUCUGUCAAUGUCUGUGUGGUUCAGUAUGUAUGUAUGUAUGUGUGUUUCAGUAUGGCUCUCUGUGUGUGUCAAAAUGUCUGUAUGUGUGUUUGUCUGUCAGUGUAUGUGUGUUUCAGUAUGUCUGUCUGUGUGUAUGUGUGCCAGUAUGUCUGUCAGUGUGCCAGAAAAUCUGUGUGUGUGUCUGUCAGUGUCUGUGUGGUUCAGUAUGUAUUUGUGUAUGUGUGUUUCAGUAUGGCUGUCUGUGCGUGUCAAAAUGUCUGUACGUGUGUAUGUCUGUCAGUGUCUGUGUGUUUGUGUGUUUCAGUAUGUCUGUCUGUGUGUAUGUGUGCCAGAAUGUCUGUAUGUCUGUCAGUAUGUCUGUGUGAGUCUGUCAGUGUCCAUGUGGUUCUGUAUGUCUGUGUUUGUCAAUAUGUCUGUCAAUGUCUGUGUGUAUGUGUGUUUCAGUAUGUCCGUCUGUCUGUGUGUAUAUGUGCCAGUAUGUCUGUCAGUGUAUCUGUAUGUCAGUGUCUGUGUGGUUCAGUAUGUCUUUGUGUAUGUGUGUUUCAGUAUGGCUGUCUGUGUCAGUACGUCUGUCAGAAUGUGUCUCUGUAUCUGCAUGUUUUCCGUUUGUGUGUCUGGAUGUGUGUGUCAGUGUGUGUGUGUAUCUAUAUGUAGUCAAUGGGUGUACCUUUUGUAUCUGCAUGUAUGUCAGUGUUUAUAUCUGUGUGUAUGUCUAUGUGUGUGUCAGUGUAUCUAUAUGUAGUCUGUGUGUAUCUGUAUGUUCUUGUGUGUAUCUACAUGCGGUCAGUGUGUAUCUGCAUGUUUGUCAGGUAGUGUAUUUGUGUGUAUCUAUAUAUAGUCAGGGGGCCCAAGUAAAUGCUUGCCCAGGGUCCAAUCAAAAUUAAAGACGGCCCUGGCUGUAGGAAUAAGAUUUCUUCUUGUGGAUCAAGAAACUUGGUAAAUGAAGGCUCUCAUGGCUCACAUUAUCUUCCAUAGCUUUUGUGUUGUACUUAUGCGCAUGCACAAAAGUACAGUGCUGACGCAGCUCCUGGAAGAUCAAGUGCCAGGAUCUGAAGAAAGAAGACUGCAUUGACAAUGAGAGAUAGGUAAGUACAGAGCACCACACCCCAAGUGAAAAUGUCACCAUCUGAAAACUUUGCAAAAUAUACAAAGACCCCAAAGAUGACAGAGCCAUUUUGAUUGUAAAAGUAUUGAAUAUUUUUAGGAACUUUCUUUUAAUUUAAAUGUGUAUAAUGUCUGCAUUCCUAGUUACGUUAUAAUUUAUAAAAACUUUAUUUUCUCAAUAACAGAAAGAAACCAACUGCUUUGACUGAAGAUGAGCAGAAAGUGGCAGAGGAGGUAAAACAGAGAACCCUGAACAUCUUGAAGGACACUCUAAAGAAAAAGGACCGUCUUCUGGUGGAAGAGACAGAAAACCUAAAUUACCGCUCUCCUGAUGGGCUCAUUCCAUUGAUUACACAGAGUCUGGUAGAAGAUCUUAUUAGGGAACUACAGAAUGUGACUUUUGUGAGAAGCUAUGGCAAUGUUCAUGAAGAUUUGAUUUCUUGCAAUUAUUCACCAUCAGAUGAAAGAAUAAUUUAUCUCUCUCACCAAUUUUGCAAAAAAGGUGCUUAUCUGGGAAUUGACUCUCGCCCAGCACAAAUAAUUCAUGAGGUUUCCCAUUUCCUGGGAUUUGAACACAGCAUUGAGGAGACCAUGGCUAGUGGAAAGGAAAGUCAUUUUUGCCAACGAAAAUCACUUCCCCUUACAAUCUUCAAUAUCGAUUCAGUGUUUGCACUCUUCAUGAAUCAUGAGGGAACGUAUAAAAAUGGUUUCUACAGCUGCUGUGGUGAGAAAUCCAGAGACUCCGUUUGCGAUAACUCUGUGAUGGGCAUUUAUCUAAGGUAAUUAGAUGGAAAUAGCUUGUCAGUUGGAUAUGGUCGUAUGUUAGUGCUAUGUAACACAUUGUUACAGUAAAUGCUUAAAGGAACACUCCCACCCCCAUAACAGACCUGUGUAAUGAGGUUCUCCUCUUUUUUAUUUUACAAACAGUGAAGAUUGUGAAGAAAUUAACCUUGCUACGCCCACCUAGCAGUCAAUCAGACAACCUAUCUUGUUACUUCCUGGUUGCUUAGCUUAAUGGAACAAAACUUAAGUGGCAGCAGUUGCCCAAUGCACCCGCCUUGCAAAAUCUUCUCACUGAGCUCCAUUGGGAAGUCUGUGACAGAAAGUCUGGGUGGGGUUAGAAGAGGAAGGCUUGCAAAGGCAUCAUACAAAAGAAGCUAUAUUUAGAUAUAGACUCAAUCAAAAAAUGUAUAAUCAAAUGCAUGCAAGUUUUCAUGGGGUAUGUCUACUAGACAGUAUUUUUAUCUUUAUUACGACGGUGGAGCAUCUCUUUAAAGUCAGUUAAGUUGCUAUCGGGGUAGGAGUGUCCUUAGCCUUCUUAUCUUUAGGAGUUUACCUGGCCCCCUCGGCACUAGUGGAUGGGGGCUGGGAGGAACACUAGGUCUGGCGGGAAUUCAGAUAAAAUUUAGGCUCAUCCAAAGCCCGCUCUGCAAAAUUCGGACUUUGUGAAAUAGUGUAAUGUGGAUUUUUUAUUUGAAAUGGCCUCAUACAGUACCGGAUGGUUUUGCAUUAUUUGGUAUUGGGCUAUUCAGACCUUGUCUAUCUGCAUUUCCACAGACUAUGCAGACAUUUUAAUGGUAAAUGUUCUAGCACUUUCUUUUCUCCAUAAUAGAAAGGAACCAUCUCCUUUGAGUGAGGGCGAGCAGAAACUUGCAGAGGAAGCAAAGCAGAGAACUCUAAAUGUCUUGUUUGAUGUUCUGAAGAAAAAAGACCAUCUCUUGGUGGAGAAACCAGAAGACUUCAGUGACUAUUCCUCGAAUACGUUCAUUGCAUUAAUUACUCCAAGUCUGGUAAAAGAUCUAAUUAGUGAACUCCAGAAAGUGACCUUCAUGAGAGGCAGGGAUGAUGCUCAUAAAAAUUGGAUUGCUUACGUUUAUUACCCGUCCGAUGAAAGAAUCAUAUAUCUUUGUCCACAUUUUUGGACAAUGAGUGCAUUUUUCGGAAUCGAUUCUCACCCAGAAACGAUAAUCCAUGAAGUCUGCCACAUUCUGGGGUAUGGACAUACUCUGGGUGAGACCAUGGCUAAUAGAAUGGAAAACAAUUUUCAACAACGACAAUUACUGCCCCUUACAACUUACUGUAUUGAGUCAGCGUUUGCCCGCUACAUGAAUCAUAGAGUAAAGUAUAUGAAUGGCUCCUACAGCUGCUGUGAUGAGAAAGCCAUGGACUCUGUGUGUAUAAACUCUAAGAUGAGUUCUCAUCUAAGGUAACUAAAGGUUAAUGUGUUGCCUUGUUCAGUGUAUGACCAUGCUCUGUAGUCAUUGUUCCUGUCACUAGUUAAAUAAUUUUUAAAAGGAUGAAAUAGAUUCUCAGCAAAGUAGAAUAUUGCAGUUACUAUGGACAUUAUUAUCAAUAGGGUGAUAAAAAAAAAAAGCUAAGAAGUAUUUUUCCCUUUUUGGGGAAAAAUUAUAUAUGUCAGAGUUAUUCACUAAAGUGAGAAUUCAAAGUUAAUACAAAGUGAAUUUAAAAUUUAAGGUCAAAUUAGCUGAGCUGAGAACAUUCUCUAAGUCAGCUACGUCACCAGUUUGACUACUUUGGCCGUAACUUUUAAAUUCACUUUAAAUUCCUCAUUUAGUGAAUAACCCUGUUUGUUUUCCAUGCAUUUUCGACUUGAGGUGCUUGGAGCGGGCUGUUUCUUUAAAGGUCAGCUCAAGACAUUGUGCUGCUUUGAUCCAAAGACAGCACUGAACUUCAAUACUAACCAAAACACCACCUUCUAAAACUUACACCCACUCAAUACACCUCUCCCCAUUCUUAUUACAACAAAAAAUGAAACAUUCUUUUGCUACAUCUCCCACAGUUCUUUUGUUCUUUCCACUGCCUCUCAGAUAUUUCCUAUCCUUCUGCGAUAUCUGCUCUCUUUAUAUACAAUGUCCCUAAAUUUCCCUCUGACCCACAGUAUUGGUAUAGCAUAUAACCCUUCUUAUAUCCCCUGUAAAGUUCCUCCAAUUCAAAACCCCCACUGCCUCUCUAAAUGUAUUUACCACUUUAUUUAAUCAUUGAAUUAUUAAUCUCUCCUCAGUCACAUCUUCCAAUUCAUAAAAGCCAUUCAUAUAAACCUAAUUCAUCCCAACAAACCACCUUCCAUCACAGUAUAUUUUCACAGCUACAUUUUAUACCCAGUACAUCUUCCUAAAUCCUACCCCAUGUACAUCUAUCCCAGUGGCAUCUGCCCCCAAAACAUCUUCUCUCAUCCACAACCACCUCCUGUCCGUUAUGUGUCCAACCACAACUACAUGCUUCUUCAUCUCUCCACACCACCCAAUGCAUAUUAUUAGCCACAGUUCUCCCCUCUACAUCUCCCACAUCACCCAAGACAUUUCCACGCAUAUUCCCAGUAGAUCUUCCUACAAAGUGUUUUGUUCUUAGAAAUGGUAAUAAGUACCAGAUGUAGGGCAAUCACCAUGGAAAACAAUGGAACUAGCAUUGGUGAAUCCACCACUUUGGCAUCUUUGCACCACUUUUCAGAACAUGACAAUUUGAUAAGUCUCCCCCAAUUUGGCACAAGGCAGGGUGCCGCUCCCAUCAAGAGCUGGUAUUUACUCUGCAGGACCUCUCGUUGGCUGGAGACUCGAAAACGAAGGUUCUUUGGUUCCCCUUAUAGUCACUGUGAACACAGAGACCCUGCUACAAGCUGGUGAAGCAGGUGGAAAGGGAAAAGGUAUGUCUCACAAAACAUGCAGAGAGGAACCAUGGACAGUGGCAAGCAGGACCCAUAGUGCCUGCGUAGGGACCAGGGAACCCCACCAACACUGACACUACUUUGUAUUCCUUGCAGGAGAAGAAAGAGAAAGGGCAAGCGAAGAAUCAACAGGAAUCAGAGAGGGUGGGGUUGUUGCACUAAUGCCCUGACAGCAAAGGGGUAAGUCCCUUCCUAGACCUCACUAUUGUAUUUCGUAACAAUAGUUACAAACAUUAUUUACAUCAAUCCAUUGACAUUCUGCCAGACAGCCAAACCCAAAUCCUUCUCUAACCGGCCCAGGGUUCGCUUUACGAUCUAGAGUGAAUUUGCCAAAUUGUACAGAUUUGCCACCACUACUGCCACCAGUAGAAAUACAGCAGAUUAAACAAUAAAUAUAGCAUCAACAACUAAAGGCAGAGAAUAUAUACGCAUGCAAACAAUAACUCUUGCAUAAAACAAGUCCCAAUGUAUGAAUUGAUUUAAGGUAGGAUGGGAUAUUUAUAUAAUUUGUUAUUAUUUCAGCGCAUCCAUUUAAUAAUAUUAAUUAUUUUUGACUGUUUGAGGCAUGGGCCUCAUGCACUGACAUUUAGAAAGUGAAAGACAUAUUGGGGCAACACAUAAGUAUAGAGACUGGAGAAAAAUUUUAAACAAGUAUAUUUGGAAUCCCUUACAUUGGAACGGAAAACCCCAAAGUGUGCCUCCAGCACUGAUCUGCAGGUCACCCAGGUUUCUGCCUUCUGAAUCUCAGUUUCAGAGAGCGUGGAGUGCUGCUUGACUUAUUCAGCAGCUCCCCAUUGAUAAAAAAAAGAAACAUACCUUAAUACUUUGGGAUAAACUUUUAGAAUAUUGAAAAAAAUCAUACAGAAAAAUGUCAAUAAAUAAAAAACAUUAAAAUAUAUAUUUGUUGAAAUAUUUAAUGAUUUGAAAAGUUUAUCCAAAAAUAUUAAACCGUGCAGGUCACAGAGACACACGGGUUAAACCUUCACCCAUGUAUCUCUGUGACCUGCUUUUCGGUUAGUAGUAUUGCUAAAUGUUACCUCACUGCUUACAAUCUGCACUCCAAUAAAAAAAAGGAAUUUCUUCAUGUAGACUGUUCAGAAACUCAACACAACAAACUUUACUGAUAGACUUUAACAUUACUUGCUUGCUAAGCAUUAUAGGAGAUGUCAUCCAGUGUACCUGGAACAGCAAAGUCUACCUACAAUCAGUCUAUCUUAAUAAAGAAUUUUAUAUUCUUCUAAUACUUUCUAGAACAGGUAUGGCCAAAAGGAAGACCUCCAGCUAACUACGAUUCCCACCAGGAUUUUAACAAGGAAUUCUAGAUUCUGGAGAUAUAUUCAAUAAGCAGAGAGUGCAUUCCCAACCUGUGUGCCAAAUUCAGGCUAAAAUAUCUCUAAAUCCUCAGAUCUCAACUGUUUAGUGAAUUAAACCCCAUGCACUAAAUCUCAGAACAUUUAAAUCAGGAACAUUUAAAUUAGGAUUUAUGUACUGACAAAAGUAACAAAUAAUGAAAAUUUAAAUAUUGACAUUAACAGAAUUAAUAGAAAAGGCAAUGAGCAUUGAGCGACUUUUCGUAGAUAAAUAGUUGAAAUUCCUAAAGAACUUCCCUACAGUCUGUCAUGUUUUUCACAGUACUCUCUGUUCUCAAUAAUAGAAUAAAAUUAUCUUCUUUGAGUGAAGAUGAGAUGAAACUAGCUGAGGAGGCAAAACAGAGAACCCUGGACAUUCUGACUGAUGCUCUGAAAAAAAAGGACUGUGUCUUGGUGGAGAAACCAGAAGACUUCACUGGCCAUUCCUCCGAUGAGCUUGUUCCAUUAAUUAGUCCGAGUCUGGUAGAAGAUCUCAUUAGUGAACUCCAGAAAGUGAAGUUCAGAGGAAGCAGUGGUAAUGUUCAUAAAGACUGGAACGCUUAUAUUUGUAAAAGAUCAAAUGAAAAAAUAAUUUAUCUCUGUCCACCUUUUUGGAAGAAAAGCACAUUUUUAGAGAUUGAUUCUCACCCAUCAACGAUAAUCCAUGAAGUCUCCCACUUCUUGGGUUACAUGCACACUGUUCAUGAGACGAUGUAUAGCCGAAUGGAAAACCAAUCCAAUCAACAAAAAUUACUUCCCCUUACAAAUUUCUGUAUUACAUCCGCGUUUGCCCGCUACAUGAAUCACAACGAAACUUACAAGAACGGCACCUACAGCUGCUGUGGAGAGAAAUCCAGAGACUCCGUGUGCGAACAAUCUACAAUGAGUUCUCAUCUAAGGUAA